AUGUCAUGUGACCUGGAUAUUGGAUCUAUUAUUCUUCUCAUCUGCCCUUACUUGGGCCUCAGUGCACAGUGGAACCUGAUGGUGCAGGAGGAAGAACAUGAAAAUCAGGAGGAGAAAGCUGAUAGCAGCCCCUGCCUGGAGAUACCAGAGUUUUUAGGCUCAAACAACAGCCAGCCUGAAACUCCCAACAGCUCUGAAGAGCAAGUGGAGGAGAAGACUCCAGAAACCCCUGAAGUAAAGAUCAGUCAGGAGGAAGAACAAGAAGAUCAGCAGGAGAAAGCUGAUAGCAGCCCCUGCCUGGAGAUACCAGAGUUUUUAGGCUCAAACAACAGCCAGCCUGAAACUCCCAACAGCUCUGAAGAGCAAGUGGAGGAGAAGACUCCAGAAACCCCUGAAGUAAAGAUCAGUCAGGAGAUACCAGAGUUUUUAGGCUCAAACAACAGCCAGCCUGAAACUCCCAACAGCUCUGAAGAGCAAGUGGAGGAGAAGACUCCAGAAACCCCUGAAGUAAAGAUCAGUCAGGCGAUUCAACAUCCACUUGAAAAGAAGUACCCGAAGCCCAGGACAUACAUUCAAGCCCUGGAGCUGAUCGGCGAGGACAACUACGGUGUCAUUUAUAACGGAUGGCACCGUAAGCAGCAAAAAGAUGUGUCCAUUACCAUCAUUAGGGAUCCAGAGAAGCAAAAAGAAAUCCUCAAGAAAAUAGACUUCAUUGAGAGAACAUCUGGCCACGGAAAAAUCGUCGGCUUUCAUGGGGCAUAUUAUCUUCCUGCCUCUAAAAAAAUGCCCCAUUAUGAAGGAUUAUGGGUUUCAACUGAGCUUUACACCGGAUCAUCACUGAAAGAGCUCAUUAAUGGUCAGAAGAAGAAAUCCUUGCCAGAGAACACCAUAGCUUAUAUCUGCAAGGAGGUGUUACAGGGCCUAAGUCAUCUACAUAAAAACAAGGUCAUUCGUCAUGACCUGAGGCCUGGCAACAUCAUGGUGGCAUCAUCUGGAGACAUAAAGAUCAUUGAUUUCACAUCUGCCACCAUGGGACUGAGGAGCCAUGCUACUUCUGGAGCUAUUCCAUACAUGGCUCCAGAAGUAAUGGCCAAUAUUGGCAAUAACACUGUUGACUAUACCACCAAGGCUGAUGUAUGGUCACUGGGGAUAUCAGCGCUGGAAAUGGCGGAAGGAUAUUAUCCAUUCAGCAGAUUUCCUGAGAAUAAAUUAAUGAAGAGGAUCAUGCACGGUCCCGCACCAACAUUACUGUGGGACACAUGGAGUGAUGUUUUCCAUUUCUUCAUUUCUGAAUGCCUCCAGAAAAACCCAGCACGGAGGCCCUCUGCUGAACAACUACUAUCACACCCCUUUAUUAGCAACAUCUCAAAUGAAAGGGGUGUGAAAAAGUUAAUCAAAAGGCACCUGCAGAAAUGUAAGGGAACUGCUCAUUCUCAUUAUAAUUCACUCAACUAAAUCCGCCCAUAAUAAAGGCCGAGAUUGUAUAAGGGCAGAGGUCACUGAACUAGCCCAAAUCUAUAAGAGAGACAAACAUGAUGAGAUAGGAGAAAAAGUUAUUAUUAAAUAGUUGUAAUUGACCUUUAAAUUAGUAGCAAAGGGAAUGGGAUAAAAAACAUGCAGCAAAUAUUAUAAAAAGAACAAAUUAAAAUAUGGUACAAAUAGCUUCUCCAUGAUUAACA